CUGUCGAUGUCGGCAGCAACCUCGACGACGGCGCCUACGAGGGUGAAGGUGAAGGGCGCGAGCACGACAUCACCGGUGCCGUUGCUCCUGCUUGGGUUGCUUUUUCACCUUGCGUACAUCCCCAGCGUAUUGGACUGUUACUUCACUUCUCCAGUCGUCCAUGGCAUGUCACAUCACUCCCUUCCGCCGUCUAUCCCCGUCCCCGCCUCCAGACUUGUGCUUAUCGUCGCCGACGGCCUUCGAGCCGACUCCUUAUUCAAGUUCCAUGCGUUCCCAAAUGUCCCAGACAGCCCGGAUGUGGUUGCGCCGUAUCUCAGGCGAGUGGCAGCAGAGAGGGGUGCGUUUGGAGUGAGCCAUACACGCGUGCCGACGGAGAGUCGGCCUGGACAUGUGGCCAUGAUUGCAGGGAUGUACGAAGACGUCUCCGCUGUGACAACUGGCUGGACUACCAACCCCGUUACAUUCGACAGCGUGCUCAACCAAUCCAGCACAACAUUCUCCUUCGGUUCACCUGAUAUCCUUCCCAUGUUCGCACAUGGUGCCGUCCCCGGUCGCGUACGCACGUGGAUGUACCGCGAAGACGAGGAAGACUUCACGAAGGAUGCAAAGGCGCUGGAUGUGUGGGUACUGGACAGGUUUCGCGAGCUGUUGGCGAACGCAACGAGGGAUGCAAAGCUAGAUGAGGAAAUGAGAGCCGAGAGGACGGUGUUCUUCCUGCAUCUAUUGGGAUUGGAUACCACGGGGCAUUCGUACCGCCCGCAUUCAAAGGAAUACAUGCAGAACAUCCAGUUGGUUGACAAUAUCGUCGAGCAAGUCGAGUCCCUGAUCUCUUCAUUCUACAAAGACGACCGCACAGCGUAUGUCUUCAACGCUGAUCACGGGAUGUCCAACAUCGGGAACCAUGGCGAUGGGCACCCGGACAAUACGCGCACUCCCCUGAUCGCAUGGGGCUCGGGGAUCCGUGGACCUCUGCUGGACGAGGAGAAAGCGACACACGAUGCCUUUUCCCUUCACUGGGGCGCGCCGCUCACUGAGCUGGUGAGGCAUGAUGUCGAGCAAGCAGAUAUUGCAAGCCUGAUGGCUGUCCUUAUCGGUGCAGAGUGGCCAGUCAACGGGGUGGGCGUAUUGCCGGAGUGUAAGGAGUGGACUCGCAGAGGAUGGUUGGACUUUGGACCCGGAGAGCAGGGAGAGAAGGGGAUGGCUGCGGCAUGCAUCACGAAUGCGAGGGUGGUGUUAGAGCAAUAUCGCGUUAAGCAUGACCUCAAGCGUUCCCGUACCGCUCUCUAUUCUCCCUUCUCUCAGCUGCAAGAGUCCAACAAUACAAUUCCUCCCGGAACCUCCCAACUCGCUGCCCUCUCUGCCCUCUAUGAUUCCGGCAACUAUCACGCAGCUCGCCACCGCUCGGCAGAGUUGAUCUCCCUCUCCUUGCAAGGUCUGCGCUACCUCCAAACAUAUGAUUGGCUGUUCCUCCGUGUUGUCGUCACUUUUGGCUACCUUGGAUGGUCAGCGAUGUCUGCUCUUCAAGUCCUCCGCAUGUCGGUUUUCCCGGAUGCGCCAACCCUCAGUGACACGAUAACUGACUUGUGUACCGAGAUGGCCGCGGUCCUGCUCGCUGGCUUGCUGGUGAUCCAGCAGAGCAGGUGGACGUAUUGGAUAUACGUUGCCUUCCCAAUAUACUUCUGGAAGAACGUUCUGUUUGAUCUUCCAGUCGCUGGGGCGGCAUGGCGCCGCCUCUCUUCCGGGCAGGGGUCGGGCAUGGCUGUGGUUGGAAUCAUCCUGCGAUCCCUCAUGGUGCUGGUAGCUAUUGGGUGUAUGGUGGCAGGAUACACCAACCGCCACGUCUGGUCACUCGGCUUUGGAGUGCUAGGCUGUCUUUGGCCGCUCUCGGCGCUUUCUAGUAAAUGGUUGACCAACCAGCGAACGAAGCUGCUCGUUGCUGCUUGGGUGGGGAUAUGCGGCAUUGACGCGGCCUUUGGUAUGCUCCCUGUAGAGAAGCACGAGGACCUCACUGUCCUGAUGAUAACAGGCGCAGCUUACCUCGCUAUCGGACUCGCAGCAAUCGCUUACCUCUGGAGGGACCCUCGAGCAUGGGUGUUCGACAUGUCUGACACCUAUCCACUCGUCGUCAUUGUUGCUCUUCAGACCUCUUUUAUCGCCGUAGCGACGUAUGCCACCUACGGUGCGGUAGUGAGCUUGCAGGCGAGAGAAGGGCUUCCGGUGCAUUUCCAGAUGCUUGGUUGGACCGCACUUUUGCUUUCCUCUGCAUCACCAUUCGUGCUCCCCAUGUCGGACCACCGUUCCUCCUCUCGCCUCCUCACGUAUUUCCUCGCAUUCUGCCCGGCAUUCCUCAUCCUUUCCAUAUCAUGGGAAGGACUGUUCUAUCUUGCAUUCUGUGCGACCCUCUUUCUCUGGAUCGAGCUGGAGUCUUGUCUCGCACCGCCUCUUGAGGAGAAUAUGAAGGCUAGCAAUGGCCUGAUGCGAGUGCUAAGGGUAGACGAUAUCAGAAUCGCGCUCUUUUUCUUCUUCUUCAUUAAUAUCGCUUUCUUUGGCACCGGAAAUGUCGCAUCUCUAUCGAAUUUUUACCUUGAGCCAGUGUACCGAUUGAUACCAGUGUUCAAACCGUUCUUGAUGGCUGUGCUCCUGGCAAGUACUUUCUUGUACAAAGUCUUCCUGCCGUACACGAUCUUUGCUGCGUGCUUGGCAAUGCUGAACAAACGACUGCACCUGCCUCCAUUCUCCAUCUAUCUCGUUGCUUUGCCACUCACAGAUGGAAUGACACUAGCGAUGUUUUACAAUGUUCGCGAUGAGGGUUCAUGGCUGGAGAUUGGGCAGACCCUCUCGCACUUCAUUAUCACUUCACUGUUGCUUGUAUGGAAUGCGGGUAUAUGUGUGGUCGGGGAGUGGCUAAUGUCAGGAACGGCGGAUGGGUUAAUGGAGCGAAAGCGCACCCCCAGCCCUGCCAUUGGAAAGGAGGUAAAACUAGACUAAUGUAUAAUAGAAUAAUAU